UAUUAUGCAUCUUAUUGUGUUGGGUAACAGCGGUCCAUGUUUAGACUCUAUGGGGUCUGUAAGAUCCACGACAUUAUCGACUGAUAGAGUAUGUUUCUGUUUCUCAAAAAACAUUAUUAGCGCACGUUAUUACUCGUCAAACGAAUGAGUAUAAAUGAUGAAAAACUCAAAAAACCUUUACAGUUAUAAAUUGAAAAUGGUGCGAACAAGACGUGCGACAAAGCGAAGUGUAGGACGCGGUAUUGUUAAUUCUAUAAUUAAUCGAUUGCCUAUUGAAAUGCAUGUUCCAGGGUAUCAGUAUUGCGGACCAGGCACAAAACUUAAUAAAAGACUAGCACGUGGUGAUCCUGGAAUAAAUAAACUCGAUGCAGCGUGUCGUGAACAUGAUAUUGCGUACGCAAGAACAAAUGAUUUAUCAGAACGGCAUUUGGCUGAUUACGAGUUGGAAAAACGUGCUUGGGACCGCGUAAAAGCAAACGAUAGUUCAUUUGGAGAAAAGACUGUUGCGUAUGCUGUUACAAAUACCAUGAAAGCUAAAAGAAAGAUUGGAAUGGGUUUUGGUGGUGUACUACGAGUUGGACGUAAAGCUAUGCGUAAUUCAAAAGAUAUUAACAGUGCGGCAAACUUGGCAUUAGCGGCAGCUCGUGUUGCUAUAAAGGGAAAACAAAAAUUUAAAACACCUCGCACUAUCAAAGUACCUAAAUUUGGAGGUGUGCUGCCACUCAUUCCUAUUUUUGCUGGACUUUCAGCUUUAGGAUCGUUGGCUGGUGGAGUAUCGAGUAUUGUAAGAGCUGCACACGAAGUCAGAAAAAACGUUAAUUCGAAUAAACCAGUGAAAAUCGGUAAUGCAUUAUACUUGCAUCCAUAUGCUGGGAAAAAGAAGGGUGGUGGAUUCUAUUUGAAACAUCAAAAAAACUAG